CGCUAUCCUCACCCUGCCCCCCUUUGCCCUCCUGGUGCCGCUAUCCUCACCGUGCCCCCCUUUACCCUCCUGGUGCCGCUAACUCCCCCCGUGCCCUCCUUUCUUCUCGGUGCCAUCAUGCCGGGCCCACCCUGCGGGUCCCUGCUCGACUACAAGACUGCCAAGUUCUCGCUGACGCGGAACCGGCGGGUGGGGCUGCUGCACCGGCUGCUGCAGCUGAGCGCCCUUGGCUACCUGCUGGGGUGGGUGCUGCUGCUGCGGAAGGGGUACCAGGAGCGCGACACAGCCCCGCGUGUCGCUGUGGUCACGAAGGUGAAGGGGGCGGCGGUCGCCGAGGCCGCGGACCGGCGGCUCUGGGACGCUGCGGAUCUCACCUGGCCCCCGCAGGGAGAAAAUGUGCUUUUCCUGGUGACCAAUUUCAUUGCCACAGUCCAGCAAGUCCAAGGCACCUGCCCCGAGAGCCCCUCUGUCCUCGACGGGAUGUGCACAGAAGAUGCAGAUUGUCCCAUGGGAAACCCUGUGGUUCAUGGCAAUGGGAUAAAAACUGGGAAAUGUUUGAUUUUCAAUGCCACCCAUUCCACCUGUGAGAUCUAUGGCUGGUGUCCUGUGGAGAAUAGCACCCUGCCCAGGAAACCUCUUCUGGCUGAGACAGAGAAUUUCACUCUUUUUAUAAAAAACACUGUCCACUUCACCAAAUUUAACUUCUCCAAGUGCAACACUUUACAAACCAGUGACCCCAGCUAUUUCAAGAGCUGCACAUAUGAUCCAAUCUUCAACCCCUCCUGCCCUGUGUUCCGUGUCCGUGACAUGGUGGAGGCAGCUGGAGAGAACUUUGGAGACCUCGCACUGCUGGGGGGAAGCAUCAGAGUUCUUAUCGAGUGGAACUGCGACCUGGACCACUCUGCUACCCAGUGCCAACCACAGUAUUCCUUCAGCCUGCAGGACAUGAGAUACAAUUUCAGAACUGCCUCCUACUACUGGGGCUCGCAGCAGCAGCUCUACCGGAACCUGCUGAAGCUCUACGGGAUCCGCUUUGACCUCUCCGUGCACGGCCAGGCUGGGAAGUUCAGCAUUGUUCCUACUGCCGUGAGCUUUGGCACCAGCAUCGCCUUCUUUGGUGCUGCUACAAUGGUCUGUGACCUGGUUCUGCUCUACCUGGAUGCAAAGGCUGACCUUUAUUGGAAGGAGAAGUUUGAGGAGGCAAGGCCCCCUAAAGGUAAGCCUAAGGCCACAGCUUAGGGACAUCGGGAAUGCUCCACCACAAACAUCCUUCCCUCCAGAGCCACCUGCAGGUAGAUAUGAUGGGGACACGGCUGCAGCCCUGGUGGAGGUGGGCCAGUCCUGGCCAGGUGGGCACUGCUGGGGUUAGGGUCUGCCUUUCCUGCAGAAGCACUGGCAGCAGCAGCAGUUCUUGGCUUCUGGAGCACAAAGCCAUCCCCGGGGCAGCUCCCAGCGCUGACAGCCGGUGCCGGAGCAGAGCUGCCCACGGAGCUCCCCCAGAGGGUGCUGGGGAGCAGCUGCUCCUGCUUGGCAUGAGAGGCUUAAAGCAUUUUGCAUUUUUCCGUGUUCCAAUGAUCAUGGGCCUUGACUUCCCUUGAAAAACAGGGAUGCAAUGGAAUAAAG